GGCGGGGCCCGCGGCAGCCAGCAAGCUCGGUUGUGCGCGCCGGUGACGUCGAGGGGCGAGUGAGCCGCGGGCGCCCUCGGGAUGAAUGGAGGCGCCUCGUCCAACUUCGACUCCAAGGAGCACCUCCUGAAGCUGGGCGCGAGUUUCGACAAGCAGCCCCGGUGCGGCUUCCACACUAUCCGAUAUGAUUUCAAGCCUGCGUCCAUCGACACGGCAUGUGAAGGAGACCUUGAAGUGGGCAAAGGGGAACAGAUCACGAUAACCUUACCAAACAUUGAGGGCUCGACACCACCGAUGACCGUCUUCAAAGGCUCAAAGCGACCGUACUUGAAGGAAUGUAUCCUCAUUGUAAACCACGACACCGGAGAGUAUCGACUGGAGAAACUGAGCAGCAAUAUCACUGUGAAGAAAACUAGGGCGGAAGGGAGCAGCAAAAUCCAAUCUCGUCUGGAGCAGCAGACAAAUCGCUUGAGCCAACAGAUGCGCAUCACAGCUAAGACCUCCACUGCACCAAAGAGUUCUCCUCCAAAGGAUAAACUGUCCCCCACAUCACACAUGGAUGAUAUCGAGAGAGAGCUGAUGGCAGAAGUCAGUGCUAUGGACCAAAUGAGCAGCUCCGAUAGUUCAUCCGAGUCAAAGGGCUCUUCCUCUUCCUCCUCCUCGAGCAGUGACGAUAGCUCCAGCGACUCGGAGAACGAGAAGCCCAAGCCUCGCCUUCCUCCACUGGUGCCUCCGCCCAUGGCUUUCUCAAUGCCAACAGUGCCUUCAUCACAGCCUCAGCAGCACCUGCCAACCACAGAUGCCAUUCCGAGCAGACCCCAGGGGAGCUUGAAUACACUAAGGAGUGAUUUGCAGCUAAGCGACUCUGGAAGCGACAGCGACGACUGACAAAGCCUUUAGUUUUUGACAAUCACGAGACAAAGUUUGUUUAUAGCUCUGUAACUUUAUACAGUGACCACCAUCUGCCACAACACACCACACAGCAACUGCUGCCAUAGAAAUCCAUUUAUCAUGGAAAAGAAAGAUCAGCGCUUUUAUCAGAUGAAGGUGUGUAGCAAACAAGGCUGUGUUUACAUCAUUAAUAUACAUUAAAAAAAAGUUCAUAGCAAGGAGCAACUGAAGCAGGAAAUUUGUCUGGUAAGAAUUUGUGUCUGAGUGAGACUGAUCUGUUUGAAUGCCAUUAAUGACCCGUCACGGUUGUACCUGUGUUGCCUUUUCAACGCUCUAUUAACAGCUUCAAAAGAUUGUGCAAGAAAUGCUUCUUAAAACGCUCAACAUCAUGAUAUCACGUUGGACAGUUUAGAGAGCGCGACAGGGACGUCUCUCUGAGCGUUACAUGGUUGACUGCGAGUGUGACAUCUCCUGCGGGUGACUCGGGUAACUGGGAGCACAAUCUCUCCUUUGGGUGACACGGACAUAUCUCAGGGAGUGACGGGUUCUCCUGUGGGACACGGAUGUAUCUGUGCACGUCUCCAGAGUGUGACAUCUUCUGUGCCUGACGUGGGCAUGUGCAAAUCGACUAACAGCUGUAGAAAUAUUUAUUAAUUUCGCAUAGUGAAUCAGUUGAUUUGGUUUCACAACUCCAGGGGAUCGGGUAUGGGCUGUGCACAAAGCUCUUUUAAACCAUAAACUUCUUUUAAAACAAAAUAAAACCAUGCAAGUGGACGAGAACAAGAGAAUUCCGAUGUGCUUGUUUUCUGGAAUUUAAUAUCGGUAACCCACGAUGAUUGUAUUACACGAGCACUUUUUGUCUGGCUUGAUAAUAAAGGCUGAUGCAACUUUGCUUCUCGCUCCCAAGUA